GUUGACACUUCAUUAACCGCCAAAACAGUUCAUUGCGCACCGCCUGCUUCUUAUACUCUACAGAGUGUAUUUUGAUCCCCUGUCCCCGUUCCCAGGAUAUAGUCGUUCGUCAUAUUAAACUGCUCGCGUCUUUACUACAACAACAUUAUGGGAACUUUGCUGAAGGACAUGGGAGAGAUUCAUGAAAAUACGGACCCAUUAUCCACAUAGCCCCGACCGGCUUGCUGUAGACGGCUCCAUCGGCUGGUCCGAUAUUUCUAUGCGCCGCCCCAACCAGCCCGAAUUCGACAAGAUGCACAGCUUUCAUGGCAGAGACGACGCGCCGACCUCAUCGCGGCCGAGAGAGACAAUCACCGCCGUCAGCGCCGCGGCCCUGAAGGAGACUUAUGCCGACGGCAGCAUGAGGGUCCACAGGUCUUUUGCGGCGGGGCCCAGGGAUUGCGUCGGCAAGACGCUCACCUACACCGAAAUGCGGCUCAACGUGGCCAAGACGAUCUUAUAUUCAGACGUGCAGCUGCUCCCUGGGCAGGAGCACUGGGCUAGCAAGCAGAGGAUUAUUGUUCUACAAAAAGGGCCCGUUGAUGGUCAAGUUGACGCCGGUGUCUAG